AUGGCUCUGUCGGUGGGCGUCCUCGCCCUGCAGGGUGGGUUUUCAGAACACCUACAUUCUCUGAGAAGGGCGGCUGCAGACCUCAACCGUCAUGUCAACUGCAUCGAAGUUCGCACGCCGGAGCAGCUAUCCGCCUGCGACGCCCUCAUCAUCCCCGGUGGCGAGAGCACCACGCUCUCCCUGGUCGCCGUUCAGUCGAACCUCCUGGAGCCCUUACGGGAGUUCGUCAAGGUCAAGCGGAAACCCACCUGGGGCACGUGUGCAGGGCUGAUCUUUCUGUCCGAGGAGGCGAGUUCUACGAAAAGGGGCGGGCAGGAGCUCGUUGGGGGCCUCGAUGUGAGGGUACAUCGAAACCAUUUUGGGAGGCAGAGGGAGAGCUUCGUCACAGACCUUGAGUUGGCCUUCUUGGAGGCGACACCGUCGUCAAGCAAGCCGCCACCUUUCCCAGCAGUCUUCAUUCGGGCCCCUGUGGUCGAUAAGUUGCUGACGGACGAGGUCGAAGACAGGUCCGCCCAGAACCACGUCGCCACAGAGACUGGUCUCCCUUCGCCCGUCGUCAAAUCACGUGCGGCGAAGAAUGCCAAGGUAGAAGUGCUUGCAGUCCUGCCAGGCCGUCACGCAUCCAAUGAGGCUGCCGCCAUAGGCGAUAUCUCGGCCGUCGCACCAAAGGGAGAUGGCGACAUCGUUGCGCUGAGGCAGGGCAAUGUCUUCGGGACUAGCUUCCACCCAGAGUUGACAGAUGAUGUUCGCAUACACACUUGGUGGCUCCAGCAAGUCUUGCAAGCCACCAGUCUAAAUUGA